AUGAUAGAUGAUUGGAGCGACGAAUUCAUCCCGCGAGAGCUACGGGAUAAUAUUAUCCAACUUGACGGGCCAGACCACCAUGAACGUGAAGGGUACACGGUCAACCUGGCACAGGGUAAUUACGAGAAUGAUCUCCAAGCAGCACAAGACGCAGCAGCACAGGAUCAAAGCUUCGACCCUAAUAACAGCAGACAUUUCCUGACUGGGUCUGUUUCCACUGGCAUCAACGGAGAACGCCAGAACCCUGACGUGCGGAUGCUGGACACCUUACUCGACGUGCUCACCAACGGACCGCGCCCAUCUGAACAAUGCGAUAUAGAAAAUCCUGACUCCAUAUACAGACUUUCCCUUCCCCGUCAGCAGAUUCCUCAGAAGGUGAACGGACUCUGCGUAGUAUUUUUCGCCUACCUCGAAGCGACCAUCGUGCAAGGCAUCGAUGACACUAUUCCGCAUGACCCGCAUGACCCGCAAGUAAAUCUCCCCAGCGCGCCACCUUCAACCAAGGAGAUGGAAACGGACGUUGAGUUCUUCCUCAGAUUAUCGUGCGACAGACUCUGUGGCACAAACGACCCAGGUACAUUCUAA